UAACCUCUCCUUCCUCCCCCAACUCAUCGGUCGAUUAAUCUCGCCUACAAACCCAUUUACAUCCAAUACAGCUAGCAUCAAUACAGAGCUAUGGAGCAGCAGCGGAGCAGGUCGACGGCGGCAGGAGGAGAGGUGGAGGUGGAGCAGCUGCCGGGAUUCAGGUUCCAUCCGACGGAGGAGGAGCUGCUGGAGUUCUACCUGAAGCAGGUGGUGCAGGGGAAGAAGCUCAAGUUCGACAUCAUCCCCACCGUCCACCUCUACCGCCACGACCCGCGCGAGCUCCCCGGACUCGCCCGCAUCGGCGAGCGCGAGUGGUACUUCUUCGUCCCCCGCGACCGCAAGCAGGCCACCGGCGGCGGCGGCGGCGGUAGGCCCAGCCGCACCACGGAGCGCGGCUUCUGGAAGGCCACCGGCUCCGACCGCGCCAUCCGCUGCGCCGCCGACCCCAAGCGCCUCAUCGGCCUCAAGAAGACGCUCGUCUACUACGAGGGCCGCGCCCCUCGCGGCACCAAGACCGACUGGGUCAUGAACGAGUACCGCCUCCCCGACGCCGCCGCCAUUCCCGACACCAUGCAAUUGCAAAUGCAACACGACGACAUGGUGCUCUGCAAGGUCUACCGGAAGGCGGUCUCCCUCAAGGAGCUGGAGCAGAGGGUCGCCAUGGAGGAGCUUGCACGCUCCACCACGUCCUCCGGCACCCACAACACCGGCUCGCCCCUGCAGCAGGACUCCUCCUCCAUCUCCAUCUCCUCCUCCUCGGACGCCAUGAAGAAAGAGGUGGUGGGGGUGGAUGAGGCGUCGGCGGCGGCGCAUGAGCUGGUCCGCCCGGCGACGCUGAGCCUGCCGCAGCUGGAGGUGGCGAGGCCGCAGAGCGGGCUGGAGUGGAUGCAGGAGCCAUUCCUGACGCAGCUGCGGAGCCCAUGGAUGGAGACCUGGUCGCCCUACUACGCCAGCGUCCUCAACUUCUGAUUACGUACUCUUACCUCAUUAAAUCACUGCUAUGUACUUAGUAGUUAAUUCAUUCACAAAGAAUUACACUACUACUCUUUCUAUGAAAUGAUCAUGAUCAGAGAGCUCGAUCGAUCAUCAGUUUAUUAAUUAAUUAUGACCCCCGGUGCAUGGUUUUGCAGCUUAAUUGCACAUGUAUAUAGAUCGACAAAUCAUCUUUUUUGUUCUUUCGUUUUUUAGAACUGAAUGUAUUUCGCAAAGAUGGCAGCACAAAUAUAAAGCCCAAAUAAGCGUAGGCGUUAACAAAUGAAUGGAAGAAUCAUAUUCGUUUUCGAGGCA